CGCGUCAACUCGGAUAACCAAUGGGUGAGAAACUCAAUAAAACUCAAUUUCAUCUUCUCGUUAUCUAAUUAGUUUCAAGGACUAUCAGCAAUUCAAAGUGAUGAAUGCACGAAAUUGGGCUCCGUUCAAGAUUGGCAAUGAUCAAUAUUUUGUGGUCGCGAACUACAUUGGGGAAACCUGUCCAAUAUUCCGUUAUGACAGGAACGAGGAUAAAUUCAAGAACCAGUCGAUGGGUGUAGAAUGCAAAGAAACAGUUGAUCUAAAACCCUUCAAGCUUAAUGGCGUGCAGCACAUCGUCGUUGCGAAUCAUGAAGAUGGCCAGCCUGUCGUUGUAUGGAUGUGGAAUGGAAAGAGAUUCACCAAAAGGCAAGAGAUUAACAUCACAGCUACAUACGUCGAGGUGUUUGAUGUCAAUGGGAAUACAUUUCUGGCUAUUUCAGGUUAGUCUUUUGUUCAUUUCCUGCUUCGAGUAUUUGUUCUAUUAUAAUACUUUUUGUUUGUGAAAACACCAUGUAAAUUUAUUGCUACAAAGCUUUCGAUCCGUAAGCCCGGAUCUUCAUUAGUGCUAAUAAUGUGUAUUAAUAUUGUUUUGUUUUUUUUCUGUUUAAUUAGUUGAAGCAUUUACUUACUACCUUAAUAUAUUUUCAUUUUAAUGACAUCAAUGGAUUCAAUGAAUACAAAAUAAUGAAUGUAGGAAAUAGGGAUUAAAUUAGGAACAUCACCAUGGAAAAUUCACAUCAUUUCGCAUGUGAAUUUAUGGAGAAUUGGAACAUCACACGUGUGAGUUUCAAAUGUGAAAUUUUUAUUUCGUAUAUGGAAUUGGAACACUUUUGAAUCACAUGUUAAAAGGGAUUUUCCAUAUGAGAAAUUGAAGCGUGCAAUUUUUAAUUAAUACUCCAACCGUAUAAUUUCUUAAACAUUUCAAACAAAAUCAUGCAUUCCGCCAUCUUGGAUAUGCAUAUCUUGUCGGAUACGCGUGAUGUCACAACCGUGGUAAAAUUAUUUGUAUCUUGAGCAAUUCUCGGAUCAUUUCAAUAAUUUUGAGAUCAGUGAGGGUGUAAAUAGCCGUGCGGAUUUAGUACCCUGGCUAUCGCAUAAUCGCACGGAACGCUAAUGCGCGUUGGCUCGUAGAUAAUAACGGUUUGAAAUAAUCUCAACACUCUUUCAAGUUAGGCAAACAUUAUUGUCAUAACUGCCUAACAUAUUGCCAUUUCAUUUGAUUUUUAGGUUCCAAUCAAGGUCCCUAUGUUUUUCUUCACAAGUGGAAUGGGAAGAAGUUCUCACUUUCCCAACGAUUGUUCACGGGAGUACGCCCAUACGAGAUUGCUGCAUUAGACGCAGGUCAAGACGAAUUCUUUUGUAUUGCGACUAUGGGGACAGUACAGGGAGUCAGGACCAGUAUAUUACUCUUGAUGAAAUGGAAUGGAAACGAGUUUGUAUCUUUCCAGAAUAUCACGUCAUAUGGGGUACGUAACAGACUCACUAAACUCGAAUUUAAAUUUUAUCCAUCCCUUGUAUCUGCUCAAUCAUUUUCCUUGUAAACUUGUGCAAGUAUAAAUCCUCAACCAUUGAUCUAAACGGCCCAAAAAUGUAAAAAAUUGUGCUUCUGUUGCAUAAAUGUGAAAUUUUUUUAAAAACGGCACUGGCACACUACCCUGUGGUUCCGGUUUUUAAAGACUAACAUGACAUGUAAAUAUUCACCAGGCAAGACGUAUCACGGCUAUAUCGAGUCUGAUGGGCAAACAGACAGCAUAUCUGGCUGUCAUCAACUACUUCAAGAAACCAGAAAUUUAUUACUGGGUUGGUGGAAGCAGUUCACAGUUUGAGAAACUCCAGGAAAUUGACGCAAAAUCUGCACGCGACGUGUGCUUCUUUGAAAUGGGUCAAAAUGUGUACAUGUUGAUGGCUUCGCGUAAACAUAUUGAAAUCUUCAGAGGCGAAAAGGUUUGAACAGGCUCAUUGCAGUUAUUUUACGUGUCGUAAAUAAAACGAAUAGACAGCGUUGAAUUAUAUGAAGAUAUAGUCUCCUACGAACCACGGGACACAUACACACAACGCUGUAAUUGUAAUAUAACAUUUAUUUGGGACAGUCUAAAGUUAACUUAUAGUUAUAUAGAGUAUGAUAUGCGCCGUUACUUUGAAUAAAUACCAUAGAGAUUAAACGGCAAGGUGGUUUGAGACGAGUACGGCGUUUCUGUAGUGUAAAGUUAAUUUUGUUAUUUAGAGAAGAUGAUGAACGGUUGCUUUUAGUUUAAAAAUAUUUUAUAAAUACGUAACAUUCAAUGAGUGUGAAGAAAAGUGUAAUUAAAAACGUGGUAAAUGUUUAA